GUUGGGCGGGAUCUUACCUUGAGUGCAAGUAAAGGGAAUAAAUCAGCCGUUCAAACUAGCUAAUAUUUACGAACGGUCAUGUAGCUAAUAUUGAUGAUGGAUUAUCGAAAAUUAUUUAACGGUGGAUACGGAGACAGAAACUCUGAUCAUCACUAAACACAACAUCAGGGCCGGCAACCUCUUAUUUCCACUGUAGGUGUACUACCAGUGUACCUGUGGGGUCACCAUGUCUCUCGCUCAGAGAGUCCUCCUCACCUGGAUCUUCACCCUGGCCUUCCUCAUCAUGCUCGUCCUCAAACUAGAUGGCAAAGUCCACUGGAACUGGUUCCUCACCUUUCUACCCGUAUGGAUCUUCGACGGCAUCCUCCUCCUCAUGUUACUCGUCAAGAUGGUCGCCAGGUGUAAAGCGGGUCACGACCCUCGUAACGGCUCCCAGGACCUGAAGAAGAAGGCCUGGUACCUGGCGUCCAUGCUGCUGAAGCUGGGCUUCUGUCUGACGCUGUGCGCCCGGCUGGAGAAGCUUACCCAUAUCAAGCUCACCUUUGUGUGUAUUCCUCUAUGGUGCAUGUUGCUGGGAGCCAUGGUGGAGCUGGGCUAUAACAUCUUCCCUGAGAGGAGAGAGGCAUGAGAGAGGGAUUGAGGAGAAUGGAAAGGAGGAGGCUCUUCAGAGAAGGCUGGAAGGAACACACACAAACCUAAUUCUUUAGUGUGGUUAUUUCAGCUGUUUGCAAAAUCACAAACUCUCCUUCAUUUGUUAUGACAUGAAGUGUUAUCCCGUUGACCAAGCUUUGCUCUCGUGCCAACAGUACUGCUUAUCAGAGAACAGAUCAGAGACUGUGCCUUCAGGAGGUUAUAAAACGGAUGUAAAUGGUACAGGUCAUGUAGAUGUCAGAUAAACUAAUACAAUCUAGCAAAGACAUGUCACAUUGCUAGCUAAGGAUUUCCGGACAUUUUCCUUGACGUCAGCAUCUUUUGUGUUGUAAAAUCUUUCAUACUUUGUGGGACGACAAAUGAUUGUCGUAGUGUUUGGAAGACGGGGCUCUUCCUAUGUAAAGCCAUUCAGUUUAAAUGUGAUCUACCUGUAGUGUUACUGUCUCCUUUUAAUUUUCACAUCAAUCUGCAUAUUAUUUAUUAUUUUCCUUUCAGUAUUGUGUGAAUAAAUGGAUGUUACUAUUGUUCCAAACUAAAA